CUUAAUUUCUAUAACGCGUUACUUCAUGAUAGUGAUUGGAAUAUGGAAGAUGUCACAAGCAAAAGACACAUCCAUAACGAAGAUCUACAAAGCAUACUCACGGUUUGUUCAAUUCCUGUUUAGUUUACUAACAUUCUCGAUCAUUAUGAGACUUUUUCAACUAGUGAUUACCGGAGCAACACCCGCUAAAAUUUUCGGAUGUGUCACCAUAACGUUGAUUAUUUGCACAAUGAACUGCACGGUAUUGGUUUUUAUUAAAAAUGGAAUUCCAGAAAUGUUUUCUAAAGUAAUGAACGAAGAAGCCGAGAUCUUAAAGUGCAGGGAACCUGACGUACGACAAACGUACUUGGGUCGAGUCAAGUACUACAAUCGGACCACCACGUGUCAAAUAAUGUCGACUUUUUUUUCUGCAUCCAUGUUCGUGUCAUCGAAUCUCUAUAAAUUGAUAAUGGACGCGUUUCAGGAACAUGAGACGUUUAUGUACGAAUUUUGGUUUCCUUUUGACGAAAUAAAGUAUAAAUUCCUGGUGGUGUUUUUCAAUCUUUUGAUGGUAUCUAUGGGAUUCUUUUUCAAUAUCGCUUCUAGAAUAACCCCUCAGUCUCUGAUUAUAUUUAUCAGUGCUGAAUUGCGCAUAUUGCAAAUUCGAAUUAGGAGGGCGUUCGACAACGAAUGCACUGAUGAAAAGGUUAUUUUGGUGAAAGUUAAGCAGCUGGUAAGAAAACAUCAAAGUAUCAUUAGGUUUGUUGAAUUAUUAAACGACGCAAUAAAAAAUAUGAUAUUCUUAGAGUUUUUGAUUAAUUCUGUAAAUGUUGCGGCAGCUUUAUUGCAAGUUGUAACGGUAAGAACCAACUCAGAAAUGGCGUUUUCGUUCUUUCACUUAAGCCUUUUGGUAGUGCAGAUAUUCAUAUUAUCAUGGAGUGCGAACGAUAUUAAUAUACAAAGCUUGGAUAUUGCUAAUGCAGUGUACGAGAGUAAUUGGAUCGACCAAAGUGAAGAAGUUAAGAAGAUAAUGUAUAUUAUGCUAAUGCGUGCACAGAAACCUUUAAUAUUAACCAUAGGUUCAUUUAGGGUGAUGAAUGUUGAGUCUGCUCUUAUUACUAUGAAAGGUGCCUAUACUUAUGCCUCGGUAAUGAUACAAAAAUAUACCUAGACAGACCUACAACUGCAGCUCAUAGUUUGUUUAGUAGUAUUAAUGUAACAUUAGUAUGUAGUGGGAGAAUAUACAGCAUUUAAAGAUUGGUUAAUAGUUUAUUGUUAUUAAAAUAAAAAUAUACAAAAGAUUACACCAA